UUCGCUUUCCAAGAUUAACUGUUUUGCUCUUAUCAGCGGUGAUAGACUUGAGCAAGCUUUGUUUACGGUGCGUUUUCGUAGUGAAAAAUGACUUUUCUGGAUUGGUUUUUGGCCAUCGUUGGACUGGUGCUAGGCAUUAACUAUUUGCUCGUGCGACGGAAUUUGAAAUACGGUCACCAAUGGCCCGGCCCGGCGGCGUUGCCACUCAUCGGAUGCUACUAUCUGUACUUCAACAAAAGACCCGAAGAUGUGAUGGAUUUCAUAUUCACGCUAAGCCGCAAGUACGGGAAGAUGUUUCGCGUAUGGGUCGGAAUGCGGCUGGCACUGUUCUGCACCAACACACCGGAUACGGAAACCGUCCUUAGCAGCCAGAAGCUGAUUCGCAAAAGUGAGCUGUACAAGUUCCUGGUCCCAUGGUUGGGCAAUGGGCUGCUACUCAGUACGGAUCAGAAGUGGUUCAACAAGCGUAAGAUCAUCACACCGGCGUUUCAUUUCAAAAUUCUCGAGCAGUUCAUCGAGGUGUUCGAUAGGCAGAGCGGAAUUCUGGUGGAGAAACUGAAGGCGGAAGCUACCGGGAAGCUGGUGAAUGUAUAUCCGUUUGUUACGCUGUGUGCCUUGGAUGUGAUUUGUGAAACUGCCAUGGGAACACCAAUCAACGCCCAGACGGACGUGGAUUCAAAAUACGUAAAAGCCGUUACGGAGCUGAGUUAUCUGCUUACGACUCGAUUCGUGAAAGUGUGGCAACGAUCUGAUUUUCUUUUCAAUCUAUCCCCGGACAAGAAACGCCAGGAUAAGGUGAUCAAGGUGUUGCAUGACUUCACAACGAACAUCAUACAGAAAAGAAGGAACGAGCUGCUGGCUCAUGGUGAUAGCGGCAUUGAAGGAGAUGAAAGUAUCGGAUCUAAGAAGAAGAUGGCAUUCUUAGAUGUUCUGCUGCAAGCUUCAGUCGACGGUUGCCCAUUGACUGACAAGGAGAUUCAAGAAGAGGUGGAUACGUUUAUGUUUGAAGGACACGAUACAACUACGAUUGCCAUAGCCUUUACGUUGCUGCUGUUGGCGCGGAACCCAGAGAUCCAGGAAAAGGUGUACAAAGAGGUUAUUGAGAUAAUAGGGUCUGAUUUGAGCACCCCGGCCACUUAUAGAAACCUUCAGGAUAUGAAGUAUCUGGAGAUGGUGAUCAAAGAAUCGCUUCGAUUGUAUCCACCAGUACCGAUUAUCGGACGGAAGUUUACCGAAAAGACUACGAUCGGAGGAAAUGUCAUUCCGGAAAACUCUAACUUUAAUCUCGGCAUCAUUGUAAUGCAUCGUGAUCCGACGCUGUUCGAGGAUCCGGAAAAAUUCGAUCCGGAACGUUUCAGUCCCGAACGAACCAUGGAACAGUCAUCUCCCUAUGCAUAUAUUCCGUUCAGUGCGGGACCGAGGAACUGUAUUGGUCAAAAAUUCGCCAUGCUGGAGCUGAAAAGUACCCUUUCGAAGGUGAUUCGUCACUAUCGAUUGACCGCGGCUGGACCGGAACCACAGUUGAUAAUUCAACUCACGUUGAAGCCGAAAGAUGGACUGAAGAUUGCCUUUGUACCGCGUACUUGAUGGAAAGGAUCUGGAUAUCAGACCUUAAACUAUAUAGUGGCUUACCAAUUGUGAUAUACUUUAUUUGUUUGUGGAUUUCUUUGAUUUAAAAUAUAUGACAGAUUGAAAAGUA